CCCCCAGCAGGGUAAGGCGAGCGCGCAAAGCUGCGCCACGCUCGGCUUUUUCGACGCCCGUCCAUACUCAGCACUGGGUGGAAACAAACACGCGCGUGGAAGCUGCAAACUCGCCGCUUGUUCGACGGGCAAACCCGCUCUGCUCCAGAGAAGGAAAACAAUCGCUGAACUUUUCUUCGCCAAAACCAGCUGCGGUUUGCUUGCAAGGAAAACCUCUUUGGGGGAAAAUGAACCCUCCUCCUUGGCAUCCUAUUCUCCCCCAGGACUAGAAACUUAGGGAUGGCCGCGAUGGAGGAAAACGCAAGCAAGGAAUCCGCUCCUUUUCGUCGCUGUUUCCAAUCCCACCCGCCCUUCAUUAACCUAUCUCCGUUUCUCAGUUACGUUAAAUAAUAAUAAUACGCCACUGUUUUCUACCGAUAUCCGACCGAUAGCUGAUCCACGCAGCGGCCGUAGGAAGGGACUCUCGGGGAGUGGGCUGCUUGUCUCCCAGUUUCCUUCUACGUGUUGCAUUGGGGCAAUCGGAAGCCACCUUUCGCGCGCCCAGCCAACCGCCUUUUUGCGUGCGUGUUUUGCAACAAGCUCUUUGCCCUGCCUGCGUAGCGAAGUAUUUCGGAUUCUUCGGAAGCUCAGAUUGGGGGAAAAAAAGAGAGAGAAAAAGGGAAGAGUUUUUAACGCGCGCGCACACCACGUACUAAGGCGCUCCUCCGUGGCGUUGGCUGGGCGGUCGACUUGGAUCCUCGCCGUUGCCUCAAGUAGUGUCCCCAAAGCGAAAAGGGGCCGGUUGGCUCGACGGCAACUCUCCGGGCGCGAUCCCGUGCUGGUGGUGGACACACAGGGAGGCAAGUGGAAGCGAGGAGGAGCCGGAGGAGGAGGGCGGAGACCUCCCACUUUCCCGGGCCAAGAGCGCAGAGGAGGCGCCGGGCCGCUUUACGCGCAGCUCCGAGGGGAGCGCGCCUGGCCAAAAGCGACGCCGCCUAGCCCUGCGAUGGCGGGUUCCCGUCCUCUCCACUGAAUCUGCGCGCCUGGGAGGACGGAGGCGGUCCGCUCCCGUCCUGUCCCCGGCCGGCGGAGGGGUUAUGCGCCUCGGGCAGCGGCGGGAUGGCCUCGGCCGUGUUUGAGGGCACCUCUCUGGUGAACAUGUUCGUGCGCGGCUGCUGGGUCAACGGCAUCCGGAGGCUCAUCAUCAACCGGCGAGGCGACGAGGAGGAGUUCUUCGAGAUCCGCACCGAGUGGUCGGACAGGAACGUGCUCUACUUGCACCGCAGCUACUCGGAUCUGGGCCGCCUCUUCAAGCGCCUGCUCGACUCCUUCCCCGAGGAUCGCCCCGAGCUGUCACAGUCUCCCUUGCUCCAAGGACUAAUCACCAUUAAAGAGUCUCAUGACAUAGAAGCCAGGCUUAAUGAAGUAGAGAAGCUCCUUAAGAAUAUUAUAAAUAUGCCUUGGAAGUACUCCAGAUCAGAAGUCGUCCUCACCUUCUUCGAAAGAUCUCCUUUAGAUCAGGUGUUAAAGAAUGACAAUGUCCAUAAAAUUCAACCAAGCUUUCAAAGUCCAGUUAAAAUAUCAGAAAUCAUGCGAUCUAAUGGGUUUUGUUUAGCCAACACUGAAACAAUAGUCAUUGAUCACAGUAUACCAAACGGGAAAGAAAAGCACUUAGAUGUCGAUUCGGCAGAACAUUUGUUUGAAAACGUUGGCGAAUUUACCUCCGAGCUCGAGGGCAGCGAUGACCCAGCAGCGUAUGUCACCAACUUGUCAUACUACCACCUGGUUCCGUUUGAAACUGAUAUUUUGGACUAAGAGUGGCAAACGAACUUUGUGGCGGACAUCAGUGGGGCGUCUUUAAGCACAGCGUUCACCAUCCUAUAGUUUUGCAUUUGUCGUGGGAUGCAAGGAGGAAAGGGGAUCGCUGCAUCCGUCUUGAUGCUGGCAUCUCUGCUUGUUUCUUCAUCGUGGUUCCUGGUGGCAGCUUGUGAAGAUGCCGUUCUAUUCUAAUGGACAAAGAGAUGUUAGUUUUGCCAAAGGGAAUGAAGCAAAGGCACCUGGAGCAUAAUAGGCCAAGGAACUAUGCCAUGCAGCCAAAUCAGCAGCAACCACGCCAUUGACAAAUCAUUGGUGAAUGUGCAAAAAUCAGUGGCGCCAGUUCUUACUGAUAUACGGUAGAACUUGCACAGACCAUCCACAUUUCUUCC